AUGGCAUAUGUCUUUCUUUUUUUCUCUCCAGAUGCUCCUAAAGAGACCUCAGCAUCCAUCAGUCCAUCAGGUUUGGUGUCAGCAGGCAGCUGGGUGAAGCUGACCUGCUCCAGCAGAGCCAAACCUCCAGUCAGCAGCUUCACCUGGUUCAAGAAGAGCAGAGAUGGAGCUGUGGAAGUAUCUGAAGGAGAGAUUUACAGCUUCAAUGUAACAGAUGGAGGAGUUUAUUACUGUGUGGCCACUAAUGAUCUGGGUAAUCAGACAUCAGCAGAGAUUCAUGUGACUGUUGGAGGUGAACAGUCAGGAAAACUCUUUGGUGUCUACACUAUAGUGAAGACUGUGGGGCUCAUACUGCUUCUGAGCACACUGGUCUUAUUUGAGUGCUGGUUUAGAUCAGGACGCUUCAACACACCAGAGACAGAAAGCGUUCACAUGAACAGAGCAGCAUCACAGUCUAAUAAUUAAAGUGUCUGCAAGAAGAGGACAAACAUCUCGGAGAUCAGCAGUGUUAACAUCUGCAUGCUGACACAAACAUCUGUAUAGUACUCAAGUAAUGUUAACAUUUGGAUGUGAACCCUUUUGUUCAAGAUAACUAACAUG